AUAACGACAACUUAUCGCUAUUCCUGACGAGUUUGCUGCUGGUGAGUACACGCGUGGUUUUGUGAGAGCGAAAGGGAGGGUAGCGUUUGGGUUUUUGUUCUUAUGCUGAUCUCACUCUUCCGCCGGCGCCAAAUCUCUUGUCCUUGAUCGGCAAAGCCCUUUCCCGAAACCCUAGCCGACAUGGCGGCCGACGAAGUCGACCCUGCAGUGUGGAAGGCCUGCGCCGGCACCGCCCCUCACGUCCCCGCCGUGGGAUCGCGCGUCUACUACUUCCCCCAUGGCCAUGCCGAACAAGCCGCGUCGCCACCUGAUGUCCUCGACGCCAUCCCCUCCAUGAUCCUCUGUUGCGUGACGGCAGUCCACCUCCUCGCCGAUCACGACACUGACGAGGUCUUCGCCCGUAUCCAGCUCGACCCCUGCUUCCACCUACUCUUCUCGCAGGCUCCGAAGGAGUGUCUUCCCUCCUCACAGGAGGAAGAUGGCGUCUUCCUGUCGUUUUCCAAGAUCCUGACCGCCAGCGACGCGAACAAUGGGGGUGGCUUCUCGGUUCCGCGAUUCUGCGCUGAGACCCUCCUUCCCCCGCUCGAUUACGAGAAGCGUCCACCGUCGCAAACUAUCUACGUGCGUGACCUGCACGGGAAUUCCUGGAGCUUCCGGCACAUCUACCGCGGGACGCCGCGGCGUCAUCUCCUGACCACGGGAUGGAGUACGUUCGUUAACGAGAAGAGACUUGUUACUGGUGAUUCGGUUGUUUUCAUGAAAAAAUUGUCGGGACAGCUCCUUGUCGGUAUCCGCCGCACCAGCCAGUCUCGCGGCACCACAGAGUAUUCGCCUUAUAAUCCAAAGGCAACAUCGUGGAAGAUAGAGAAACAUACCGCGGAGAAGGUACUCCCUAAAAAUGCUAGGGGUGAAGUUCAGGCCUCGUCCGUGGCGGAGAUAGCCAGAUUGGCUGGGAGGGGCAUGCCUUUUGAGGUCCUGUACUAUCCCAAGUCUGGCUAUCCGAACUUCGUAGUGGCGGCGGAGGCUGUUGAUACCGCGAUAAAACUGCAUUGGACCAUUGGAGCGAGAGUUAAGAUGUCAGUGGAAUCGGAGGAUUCAGCGAGGAUGACUUGGUUUCAGGGCACCAUUUCCAAAGUGACACAGGGUUCACCAUGGCGAAUGCUUCAGGUUACUUGGGAUGAGCCGGAGGUUUUCAAAAAUGCCAGAAAUGUUAGUCCAUGGCAAGUUGAGUUGGUUUGUGUUAGUUCUCAGAUAGAUACUCCAUUUCACCCUAUGAAGAAAUUGAAGGGAACAGAAAGUUCAGAAUUUUUUCAUCAUCAACUCAUUGGAAUGCCCAGUUUUCAGAUGACUGGAUUGGAUAGUAGAAACCAAAGACUCUUCAAUUACCAUUUAUCUCCUCCUAGCAUACAGGGAGCCAGGCAAGAUGCAGUCAAUGCAUUAAAUAUAUGCGACUGUAUCAACCAACCUAACAAAUUGUUAGUCAAUGGUUUAGCAUCACUUAAGAAAGAUCUCUUCACAGAUUUGGGUACUAAUAUCAGCACACAUUCAGUUUCCUGUCCCCCUAGCGAGAAUAGCACCCAAACUUCAGAUGAAAAAAUUAGUGAACCAGAAAAUAGCACAGUCAAGUCUUCUACACAAUCAUUCCUGCUUUUUGGUAAAGUUAUUCACUUGGGGCAGCCAAAUAAUGGUGAUACUGUUGAUGAACAUCAGCUGUGGGCCAUUUGAUUCUGAAGGGAUUCUUCUCGGGAGCUUUGUUAAGGCUUCCACUGAUGAGGAUCGUGGGAAGGUUUAUGUUUGAAGUGAUCUCGCAGUACCUAGAAGGAAUCAUCUAUGCAUUAUCCUUGUAUUAUUAACUGAUAUCUUCUUUCUGCUGCUGUAGCUACGAUAGUUACGCUUCGACAUUUAAAUUGUCUUUCAGUGUCGUGUUUGCAUCAAACUGAUUGUUUUAUGUCGUUUUCUAGUUGGAUAUUGCGAACUCCACUGCUUCCUCUGUAGAAA